AUGAAGCGUAACCCCCGCAAACUCAAAUGGACCAAAGCCUUCCGCAAAGCCGCCGGCAAAGAAAUGGUUGUCGACAGCACCCUCAACUUUUCCGCCCGCCGCAACGUUCCCGUCCGAUACAACCGCGAACACAUCGCCACCACCCUCAAAGCCAUGCAACGUGUUGCCGAGGUCCGGGCCCGUCGCGAACGUGUCUUUUACAAGAAGCGCAUGGAAGGCAAUGCCGCUAGACAGAGAGAAGCCAACAGAAAAUUGGUGGCCGAGAAUGAGCACUUGUUGCCCAAGAUGCGCGGAAGUGAGAAGAAGAGACUUGAAGAGUUGGGAGAGGAGGUCAACGAGUUGGAUUUGGAGAGCCAGCAGAGAAGUGUGUUUGGAAAGCAGAAGAUCAGGCUCAAGGAAUUGGUUGAUGGUGGUAUGGAGGAAGAUGAUGAUAUGGAGAUGGAUGAUUGA